AUGGACGGGCUGACUGCCAAACGCAAGGCAGCGGAGGACUCGAAUCCACUGCUGUCAACAAAGAAACAAAAGAAGGAGCCGAGCACUAAACGAAAGCUGAUAGGUGAGGCACAGCCAGGCGGGCUUGUCAUCGUCCGUGCACCACAACAACGUUCUUUAUUACCACCGGCAUCUUCUCAGCCCGUCCUUGCCACCGUCUCGCGUCCACUGCCGCCAUUGCGCCCACCCUCAUCGUCCCAGCCACUUCCAUCAUCCUCCAAUGCACUCGAACACCCCAGCAAGAAACUCAAGCUCGACUCUUCUUCCCGAGCACCGACAGGUGCUAAGCAACGCGAUGUCAUCGCUGCUGCACGCGAAGAACCAGAGUUGGACGAGGAUAUACGCCAGAUGGAAAACGAGACCGACGAUUUGAGACGUCGGUCGCGUGCUAAAGAAUCUACAAACCAGUCCCUCCAGUUCCCACAUUCCUCGUCAUCCGUUCAGCGACAACAACACACGACCGACACCAUCCAGCCGGUCCCCCAGUGCGAGACACCCCAAAUUAAACGCAACAAACUCAUGCGCGAUGGCCCUCCUCAAUCCAACCACCACGAGAGACAACCAAGCACUCCCCAUAGUCCCAGAACUCCGCAAGGCCAGCAGACACCCAGACGUACCUCGAUGAGUAUGCGUGGCAAACGCAUCAGUACUAGUUUUGAAAAUACCGGUGUUAUUUCUCAACCGCACGCGUCGGUGAGCGACGCAUCCUUUUAUAAACAUAUCGAUUGUGAGUUGCCAGAACCGCAACGCGCGAGACAGCUUCUCGUGUGGUCGGCCGCGCGUGCGAUGACGCGGUUGUCCGACCCAUCAUCUUCUUCGUCAAAACCGCCGUCGUCGGGGCCAUCAUCAUCCAAGGUCGGCGAGACACGUUCUCGUGGAAAAGACCCACCACCACUCAAUAACGACCAAAAAGAUAUACUAAAGGUCGUGCAAGAGGAAUUUAUACGCAUGCUGGCGGAGAGGAAGAUCGAUACGUCAGUGUAUUCCCAGGAUAAAUUAUUUGGCGCUGGAAGCGCACACAACGGGAAAGGAGGCGAAGGAAAACGAGAAAUGAAACCCAACGAGCAGAACGUGAAGAAUCGGGAACGGGAGGUGACGUUUCAACACCAUAUACAGCGAGCCGAAGCAGAGGCAGAAGCCUGGUCUCGCGUCGACAACUUUUACCACACCUACGCCACCCACUCCAAAGUCGAACUUGAAGCCCGACGAGACUCGUUUAAACCUCCCUUAUCCGCAAAGGCAAGGGGUAAGCAGCGUGCAGUGUCGCAGGAGCCAGAGCAGGAGGGGGACGGGUGGCGGUGGAUGAUACCAUCCGAAGAGGAUUUGUCGGAAAGGUUUAGAUCCAGUGUGGAUUUGACAGCCGUGGGGGAGGCGAUGACGGAUGAGGCGCGAUAUCGCGUGGGGUCGUCAACGCGCGGCGACAGCAACCAACAAGAUGAAGCUAUCGAAGACCUACGGUUCAAACUCGACAGUCUAUCGGAAUAUGUCCACUCAGUGGUACAGGUGACAAGUAUCGUCGAAGCAGAUUUAGACCAUCGAUUUUCCCUCCUCUCGGAUGCGAUCUGUGCGCGGUCCAGACCGGUACCUCCUCAACAACAUCACCAUCCAACUUUGGCCCUGGCGGGACGACCGAAAACGUCUCGUUCCUCCCUUCCCCACUCACUGCGACAUCCUCAUACUGUGCCACCUCAUCCGCCAGGAGAAUCUUCCCGUGACCUCCUCCGUGCUCUUUCUCGUAUCGACAAAGAACGACCACCAGGAAAAAUCGGUGACGCUGUACGACGCGCUGCGAGAGAGGUGCAGCGCGUACAGGAAGGCCUUGGGAUCUCUGGGGUUGGAGAGAGGAAGUUGACGGAUUUACCCCCACCACCGACGGGGGUUGGCAGUAGUAAUGGGGUGGGGGUGGUGACGGCGACGCCCAGGAAGGUGCCAGGAACACCGAGAAAGGUGUAUGGGCCUGGGACGCCACGGAGGUGA